AUGGCAUCCACAUCAAACGAAACUGUUGGCGGGAGUAAGACCAUUCUGUGGUGCGUGCCGAGGGCAAUCUCGACGGCUUUCGCAAAGUGUCUCAGCCACAUUGAGGAGAGCGAAGUGUGGUUCGAACCCUAUACCUUCAGUUAUGUCGCAAGAGUAGAGUACGGACUUCACACCAAGCUCGAUCUACCUAUGGAGUAUGAGGGCAAUGAAGAGAUAUUCCACAAGGCCAAGGAGAUGACUGAUAAAAGAGUGAACACCAAGACGGUGCCUGAUCGUCUACCGUAUGGAUCGGUGAAGCGUCGUCUUGAAGCUAGUAGUACCAAACAUGUGUUUGUCAAGGAUAUGGCCUUUGGGAUGACUGAUGGGUACCACCAGUUCCUGCCUAAGGGUUACCGACAUACCUUCCUCAUCAGGAACCCUCAACGCCAUAUGGUCUCUUAUAGGAGGGCAAUCUUCAAUCAUUACACAGAGUGCGGGUUAUUGGAAGGCGAAGCUGCUGACGAGAAGAAAUUUGACGUCGAGCUCUACGACCCCAUGUUGCCUAAGGGCUGGCACACUAAGGAGCUCUAUGACCUCUGGAAGUACGUCCAAGAUGAGAAGAUCGAUCCUAAUCCUAUCGUGAUCGACGGUGACGACCUGUUGACGAAACCUGCCGAGACGCUUUCGGCUUACUGCGCUGCCGUGGGGUUGCCGUAUAACGACAGCUUACUACAGUGGGAUGCAUCACUUGAGGCUUUCAAAACCAUGAAAGCUGCCGGCGAUACUCUUCUCUUCGAUAUCGUGAAUUUCUACGGGACGGCCAUGAAAAGUAGCUGCUUUUUACCGCCGAGUAAGGAGACACCACGUGAUCAACUACCGGCUGACGUCAUCAGGGGUUCAGACAAAGUCAUGAAGUAUUUUGAAGAAAUGUAUGAGACGAGAAUUAGAGUUUAGUUCAGUAAGAAAAGAUAAUUAACAAAUUUCACUUCUAUGGGCUUGUCACAACACACACACACACACGCGCGCGCGCGCGCGCGCUCAUCC